GAUGCUGUCCCGAAGGGAGCUGUCUCUUUACCUGCUCGCUUCACUGGGCUUCCACUUCUAUUCUUUCUAUGAAGUUUACAAAGUGUCCAGAGAACAUGAAGAGGAACUGUACCAAGAGUUUGAGUUGGAGACCAGCGCUCUUUUUGGAGGAUUAAAGAAGGACCCGACUGAUUUUGAAUGGAGCUUCUGGAUGGAAUGGGGAAAGCAGAGGCUGCUGUGGCUUUUCCUUGGGCAUAUGACAGUGUCUCAGUUGGCCAUGCUGCUCGUAAGGAAGCACAGACCCUGGAUCCUCACGGUCUAUGGAAUGUGGGCCUGCUGGCACGUGCUGGGGGCGCCAGGCGUGGCCAUGGUUUUUCUCCACACCGUCAUCUCCUUCUGCGUGGCCCAGUUCCGGUCACUGCUCCUGUCCUGGCUCUGUUCUCUCCUCCUGCUCUCCACCCUGAGGCUGCAAGGUGUGGAGGAAGUGAAGAGGAGGUGGUACACGACAGAAAACGAGUACUACUUGCUGCAGUUCACGCUGACGGUUCGCUGCCUCUUCUACACCAGCUUCAGCCUGGAGCUCUGCUGGCAACAGCUGCCCGCGACUGGCCCCUCCUACUCCUUUCCCUGGAUGUUGGCCUACAUCUUCUAUUAUCCCGUCUUCCACAAUGGGCCCAUCCUCAACUACUCUGAGUUCAUCAAACAGAUGCAGCAGCCUGAGCUCUGCUCCCCGAAGGACAGCCUCUACAUCCUGGCCCGGGGCCUGGGCCGCCUGCUGUGCUGGUGGGGCCUGGCCGAGCUGAUGGUUCACCUCAUGUACAUGCACGCCAUCUACAGUAGUGCCCCCCUGCUGGGGGCCGUCUCCUGCUGGACCUUAGGAGGACUGGCACUGGCUCAAGUGCUCUUCUUCUAUGUGAAGUACCUAGUCCUCUUUGGCAUCCCAGCUCUGCUCAUGCGUCUGGAUGGAAUCAAGCCACCUCCUCUCCCUCGCUGCGUGAGCACUAUGUUCAGCUUCACAGGCAUGUGGAGGCAUUUUGAUGUUGGACUACAUAAUUUCUUAAUCAGGUAUGUGUAUAUUCCGCUGGGUGGUUCCAAGCAUGGCCGGCUGGGGACCCUGUUCUCCACUGCGAUGACAUUCUCCUUUGUGAGCUAUUGGCAUGGCAGCUACGACUACCUCUGGUGCUGGGCAGCGCUCAACUGGCUGGGAGUGACGGUGGAGAAUGGCGUCCGGAGGCUGGUGGAGACUCCUUGUGUCCAGGAGAGUUUGGCUCGAUACCUCUCUCCACAAGCUCGCCGUCGACUGCAUGCUGCCCUUGCUUCUUGCUCCACAUCCAUGCUGAUCCUGUUCAACCUGGUGUUUCUUGGGGGCAAUCAAGUUGGGAAAACCUACUGGGACAGGAUCUUCAUACAAGGCUGGCCGUGGGUGACUCUCACCGUCUUGGCAUUCCUGUACUGCUACUCCAACGUGGGUAUUGCCUGCGCCCAGACAUACACUGUGGACUAAUGCUGCUGGUCUCUAGGGUAAAUGGUACUUCAUCCUGAUCUCCCAUUCCAAGACCAUCUCCAAAGGACUGUCUUCUGCUCAUCUUCUGUUGAAGACACCUCACUCCAAGACUGGCAACUUGAGCUAGCUCCCAUAGAAAAUAUAUAGCCAGACAAACGGCUAACUUUGGGAACUUAUGUUCUCACUCAACCAUCCGUUGACUGUUGGGCAAGCUGAGGUCCAGGACCGAAGUGUCUUACCCAGCUUUACAUGGUGCCUUUUUUUUUUUUUAAAUCUAGAACCUAGUCCCAUGGGCCUUUUGGCUUCCGUCUCUUUUACUAAUAAUUGACAUGAAUUGAAUGCAGAAAUCUUGGUUAGUGAUAGGCCUGGCCUCACGGGGGCAGUAUUUCUGAAACCUUCUGCUGCUGUGUUGGUGACACACAUGCCUUCUCUUCCAUACCUUGCCUCUGGAGCUGUGAAACCAGCCUGGAAAGCUUAGCUUCUCACCUCAGGUGGAGGUGACAAAGCAAGAGUUGUGUUUAUAAUGACCUAGACACAGAAAAGAAAAGCAGUUCUAUAGUGUUCCAAGAAGUCCAUACUCGGGCUCCAGUGAUUUGACCUUUAUCAAGGUAAUCUACAUUUGAAUGCUGGCUCCUGAGAUUUGCAGAGAUGUACAAACAUGGUAGCUCCAACAGCUAAUUGUUUCUCAGUAAAGGAGCAAAAUUUUAAAGCCAGCAAGUGAGUGUAUCCACAGGUGGGUGCUGUCAGGAAAGCCGUAAAAGAUGGCUACCUGUGGUCUCUCCUGUUCUCUCUACUAAAUCCCAGGAGGUAUCAUCAUACUGGCUAUUAUUUUGUGCUCAGUGGUUUAUAUGGUUUCAUUUUGAUUCAAAUAAAAUGAAGUCUUUGUUUUUUGUU